AUGGGAAAGCUUAAGUUUUUUAAGAAUGCGAACUUAGUUUGCUUCGCGUUGUUGCACAUUUUAGUACAAGAUGAACACUCAGACGUAGGAAGACGCAUCCAGGCCAGGAACCUCUCCGAAUUUAUAUCAUCUAUAUUUCCAUCAUCAUUUGGAAGCGCCUUUUCUGAUGAUGACGAUUUGCUCCGAGAAGAUGAUUUUAGGUCAGGUGAGGAAGGCGAUAGGCGUGAUGACAAUAGUAGGAGGAGUUGUGAUAGCGAUUGUAUAGGUAGGGAGUCCUGUACCAGAGGUAACUGUCUCCGAGGCGAGUUGCCCACCAAUGGUAUUUCGACGGACGACAGGUCCGAUGAUUUUAGGUCGUGCACGGAGAGUGUGUCCUGUGGGUGCACUUCGUGCAAAGGACUUAGGGGCAGUUCUGGGGAUAUGACAGAUGAUCUUGUGGGUCAUAUUGCAGAUCAUUCGUUGGACAAUCGUGCGAAUGACCGAACUGAGGACACUGUGGAAGGCGCAGUGCGGGGAACUCUAGGUGACGACAUUGAAAGAAGGCUGAACGAUCGUGCAGACGUAAGGUUCGAAAAGUCAUUGGAAGAAACGUUGGAUGAUGAUGAUGUGGAAGAGCGUGCAGAUCGCUCUUUGAAUGAUAGAAUGGAAGAUGCAGUGAAGAACACGUUAGACGGCACUGUAGAGAAUGUGUUGGGUGACAAUGCGGAAGACAACAUGCUGAACCCAGAUGAAGACCUCAUGGAUGAUGAUUCUUUCGACCUUGGGGAUGAUCCAUCGGAUGAUUUAUUAAUUGAUUUAAAAUUUGCAGACCCAUAUGAUUUAGAUGCAAGUAUGAAUGAACCAUAUGACAGCGCUAGUGACAAGGUUAGUGAAGAUGCAGCAGAAUGUGAUUGUGUAGAAAACAGUUUUUGCCCUUUUAACAAUACCAGUUCUUAUGAUGGUAAGAUCUCAGAUUUAUCUGAAGUGUUAUCUGAGGAACAGCUAGAUGAGAAGGUGUUCAAUUUGGGUUCUGUUGUAGAUGUAAAGGAUAUGUACACCAUAUGGAAUUAUGUAAAUGAUAAUGAGAAGAGAAAGUUUUAUAGCAUGAGGACGAUAUUGCUGACUUACUGCGAUUGCCUAGCUGAUGCCUGUGGUAUCCCUUUUGAAAUUAAAAAACAGGAAUGGCUAAGGAUCCACCGAUUUAUGAAUAGAGUAUUUUUACGAUAUGAAAAAAGAUUCGCGAAAUAUACCCACUCGUUUUUGAAGCGUGGAAGAACCGAGAGAUGCAGAUUUGUUGACUUUUUAAGUAAUUAUAAAGCCAAGUGCAACAAGUUCAGAAACAUUAUGUACAACUACUGGAAGAGCAACAUCUUCACCAGGAUGGAAGCAUACCAACGCUUCUUAGAUGGCGUGAGCUCAAGAGAUACAAUGGAGAAUUUAUAA